UCCCACAGUUUCCCCGAGACGCGAUUUGGGGAGAAGAAACCGCUGGCUGAGUGAUGGCUUAGUUUUACCCGAUUAAUUGACUCAAAUUAUACCCGGAUCUUCUAUGAAUCUAUUAAAGCCCCAAUGCCCUAUGAUCGUGUGAUUCAGGAUUCCGACGAUGAGGAUGAGCUUCUCGGGGAGGUUUCCCCAGAGAAAACGAAGCGCGUUGUAUCAAAUUAUGGAGAGCAUAGAGAUAGUCCUGUGGCUCUAGAACAAGCCAACCUUGAUUCCCAUAUCGGAGUAAACUUUGACGAAUUUAUUGAACCGCAAAACGCCCCGCAGAGGACUUUGACCUCAUCCCAGCAGCGCAGAGAAGAACGAUGGAUACCGGUCACGGGUCGAGUUGGAUCAAUGGGCAAUAUGAUGACGGAAAUUGGCAUUGCGCAACAACGAUUGUUCGACGAUGACCAGCAAGCCCAGUACGCUCUUGAACCGACCAUGCCUCAUGAGUACGGGGAAAUAGAGAAUGUAGCUCACGAAAUGGCUCCACGAGCGAAUACCCUCGAAGCUCAUGAUCCACAAGCUACAACAGCACAAGAUUCCAUCCCCUCUGCAGAGCUCCAGGGAACAAACCCGAGCGAUGACUGGUCCCAAUCGAUUUCAUACAACAUCUUUGACUCUUCCUCACAUACACCAUCUGGUCAACUGAACAGAGCCGAUUUUAUCCGUGACUCAGGUGUAACGAUACAAACAGAGCCUAUGCAGCACCUUGAGAUUCGUCGUUGGACUUCUAUGCAGGGAGCCGCAUCAUCCCCGCAUGAUACAGAACCUUUCUCAUCAGUGAUUUCACCGCAAGUGACUAGAGCUAAGAGCGAUAAUGCUGCCCCUAAUAUGGUGCAGCCCUCAUCCGGUAGCGUCGAUGAACUUUCCCUACCUGUCACAACCAAAUUGCCCAAAGUUGAGAAGAGGGGUCGAAAGAAAAAGCAGGUCGUGCCUCCUGUUGAAGAAGACGAUGAGAUUUCCCUUCCCCAGCCCCGUGAACAUCCACCUAGCAAGCCUGAAAAGCGCAAGCCGGGUAGGCCCCCGAAGAACGCAAAAGUGGCUUUUGAUGAUGGUGUCGCCACUGCCCCCCAUACUCUUGCGGAUGAUCCCUUCAUUCAACCGGCAAAGCAUCCCGAGAGCGCAGUUCCUGAUGCACCGGAAGUUUUGACUGACAGUGCCACAGGCGGUGGUGUUGCUCAGAGUAUCAUUGACGAGCCUAAGAAAGACGACCAAGUCGAAUCCCUUAUAACGUACACCCCAGAAAAAACUGCACAGGUAUCCUCCAAGCCAGCAAAAGAGCCGAAGAAAAAAAAACUCAAACGCGGGAAAACAACCUCAGUGACUCUUACCAAGACAUACGAGCCAGGUGUCGAAGACAAUGUGAUCUGGAUAGAUGAACGCCCUAUUACUGCAGCUCGUGAUGAAAAACCAACAACAAAGCCUGCGGACCCAAGUCCCAAUGCAAUCGAAGAGCAACCGCCAGCGCCGAAAAAGCGCGGCCGGAAGAGAAAGAAGACGGCAGAGCAGCUAGAACAAGAAGCAGCAGAUGAACCAGAUACCCAAACGGUGAUCGUUAACGAAGAGGAUAAUAACCAGGCCCAACAAAACGAAGCCCAUAACGCAUCCACCACCCGUGCCCAGACCCCGGAGGUUGAGGAUCCUAUUGCCGAAGACGACAAACCGUCUCCUAACCCACUUUCAGAAGCCCAACAAACCACCUCGCCAGCCAAAACCUCGGGACAGGUACCAAGUCAUCAGCCUCUAGAAACACCACAGAAGCCCAACGGCCCGAGCACGCCAUCUACAAAGGGACCGGGCAAGCACAGUCCUAUAUCCUCAACGAGCAAGGUUCCGUAUCGCGUCGGUUUAAGCAAGAAAGCUCGGAUUGCACCGUUGUUGAAGAUUAUUAAGCGGUGAUUUCUAUUUUUACGUUUCUUUCCAAAAUAUUUAUACUACCUUCAAUUUCUGUCAGUGUAUCUGCUUUCGCGUUAAAUGCUGCUAGCUAUUGUUGCUGGGUGAUUGAGCUCACGAGUUGUGUAUUGUUGAUGCUAGCCUUUUUAUUUUUCUGAUGUACAAUUUGCUCGCAGAUGGACGCUCUGUAUUUUUUAUUCUGAUCUUCACCUAGGGUUUCCCUGGUGCGUUGCUUUUUUUUAUAUGAUUCAUGGUUUAUGUGGAAUGGGUACGGCGUUGAGGCGGAAAACUACUUUCUUUUUCUUUUACGGUUGCUGUGAAUCAUGAGGGCAGAAAUCACAUUUUCUCGAGAGGAAUAAGGCUUCUCUAUACGCGC